GGAUUAGCAUAAAAUUCACUUCAAAAUGUCCCAAAAUGAUUUAGACAAUGCAAAUCCUACAAUAUACGAAGUUGGUUCUGAGAGAGCGGUCCUACCAGAAGAAGAAGAUGAAAGUUUUACAGACAAAAUAGAUGAUAGAGAAGUUUUUGAUUUGAUCCGUGUUAUAAAUGACCCUGAACAUCCACUUACAUUAGAAGAACUGAAUGUUGUAGAGCAAAGCAAAGUGAAUGUUGAUGAUGAUGCUAAUAAAGUGACAAUAGAAUUUACUCCCACAAUUCCACACUGUAGUAUGGCAACAUUGAUUGGAUUGUCUAUUCGGGUCAAACUUCUGCGAUCUCUGCCACCAAGAUUCAAGGUAGAUGUUUCUAUAACACCUGGAGCACAUGCAUCUGAAGAAGCAGUAAACAAACAAUUAGCAGACAAAGAAAGGGUGGCAGCAGCUUUGGAGAACAGUCAUUUGAUAGAAGUUGUUAAUCAGUGUUUGGAUGACCAAAAAAGAAAAAUCGGAUAAUGAAUUACUUAACCAUUGACCUAAAGCCAUGCCUUUUCAUAGCUUUUUAGGCCAAGGGCUAACAAACCAAACUAACAGACUUUUGUUUUUACAAGUGAUUGACUUGCAUAGUAUGUAAACGCUUGAGAAAAGCCAAGGACCUUCAAUCAUAAGAAAAAGUUUUAACACCCCCCUAUAUAUAGGCUGAUUUGCUGUUUACUUGCUUGAAAAUACAGUAGAAAAAUAUAGUUUAACCAGUAUAACUGUAUUUUUAUACAUAAAGCAAAAUGAAUAAAUCAAAAUUAUUUUGCAAUACUAUACUGCAAAAUGUUUACGCAGACAUUGAUAAAACCUCAUUAAGACAUUUUUGGUAAUUUAUAAUUAUUAUGAUUGUAAAUAAUUUUAUCAAUAGUGACUUCAAGUAGUUAUUGCCUUCACAAGUUCACAUUGUCAUUUUACCUCAGAUCUUCAUAUUUAUUGUCUUAAAAAGGUCCAGGCAUUAAAUAAAAAUAUUACAUAUUAUAGAUAUAAGAAGAUGUGGUAUGAGUACCAAUGAGACAACUCUCCAUCCAAGUCAAAAUUUAUAAAAGUAAACCAUUAUAGGUCAAAGUACGGUCUUCAACACUGAGCCUUGGCUCACACCGAACUGCAAGCUAUAAAGGGCCCCAAAAAUUACUAGUGUAAAACCAUUCAAACGGGAAAACCAACGGUCUAAUCUAUAUUAAAAACGAGAAACGAGAAACACUUAUGAACCACAUCAACAAACGACAACUACUGAACAUCAGAUUCCUUACUUAGGACAGGUGCAAACAAUUGCAUCGGGUUUAAACGUUUUAAUGGUACCAAACCUUCACCCUUAUCUGAAACAAUAGUGUAACAUUACAACAUAGAAAAACACACUAUAAAAUAUCAAUUGAAAUGGCUUAACUCAAUCAAAAGACAUAUUAACACCAGUGAACAUACACUGAACAAAUAAAUAUGAUCUAUGUUACAAUGCAAAUACAAAAUAAAUAAACUAAUGGAAGAAUAAUUAAAGUAACAUGUUAUACCGCUGUGAAAUGUUAAACAAUUUAAGAAAACCAAUAUACUUGAACAAAAAUAUCAGCCAUUUGCAAUUACUUUAAACACAGGUAAAUAAAAAUAAUUUUGUUCUUAGGUAUACGUGUACAGUUCAAAUAGAGAAAGGUAAUAUUUUUACAAAAUAAAUAAAUUUGAUGUUCAUAGUACAAAGAAGUGAAAAUUUAUAGUAAUACCAAUAUAGACCUUUAUAUGAAACAAUUUUCAAUCAAUGAAAAUUCUAUUGAAAAUAGUAAAUUUAACUUCUAAUUUAUUUUACUCUGAAAACAUUGUGUUAGUUUUUAGUGGUUUCUAUAUAAAAUUUAGAUUCUACAUCAUUGUCAGAAUUUAAAAAAAACUUUAAUUUUAUGAGUGGAAAAUAUAUUAAAUUGAACAUAAAAUAUUGAAAUUAAAGUAUAUGUAUAUGAAUAAAAUAUUAAGUAUCCAACUAUGCUGGUAGUUACUUUUUAUGCCCCCGCCGUAGCGGUGGGGGCAUUAAGUUUUACCCUUGUCCGUCUGUACGUACGUCCCAAAAUUGGUUUCCGUUCUCUACCUUGAGUUUGCCUCAACCAAAUGUUAUGAAACUUAUACACAAUGCUUAUUACCACAAAACAACAGAUCAAAUUAGAAUUUUGGUGGCGUCACAUUAACCGUUCUAGAGUAAUGCCCUUUAUAAAUGGAAAAAUUGCAAAAUGUUUAGUUUCCGUGCUCUAACUUAAGUUUGCCUCAACCAAAUGUUAUGAAACUUAUACACAAGGCUUAUGACCACAAAACACAGAUCAAGUUUGAAUUUUGGUGGCGUCACUUUAACGGUUCUAGAGUUAUGCCCCUUUAUAAAUGGAAAAAUUGCAAUUUUUUUUAGUUUCUGUUCGCUAACUUAAGUUUGCCUCAACCAAAUGUUAUGAAACUUAUACACAAUGCUUAUUACCACAAAACACAGAUCAAGUUUGAAUUUUGGUGGCGUCACUUUAACCGUUCUAGAGUUAUGCACCUUUAUAAAUGGAAAAAAUUGCAAAAUUUUUAUUUUCUUUUAAAUAUCAAGUUAUUUUUAAAAUUGGAGUUAUCUUCCUUUGUCCAUGAUUAUAGUUGAAUCCACUACAAUCAAUGCUUUAUACAAUGCAAUGUUUAAUUUUGACUUCCACUGAUAAAACACAGAUCAAGUUGAAUUUGGGUAGUGUCACUUUAACCAUUAUUGAGUUAUGCCCCUUUAUAAAUAGAAAAAAUGCUGAAUUUUUAGUUUCUGUUCUCUACUUAAGUUAGCCUCAACCAAAUGUUAUGAGACUUACACACAAAACUCAGAUCAAGUGCAAAUUUGGGUAGCAUCACUUUUACUGUUCUUCAGUUAUGUCCCUUUAUAACUAUAUGAUAUGCAAGCGGGGGCAUCAUCUGUGUCCACAUGUGGACACUAUCCACAUUUUUUUUAAUUAUUAACCAUGGUAGUUACUUUUUUUAAUUAUUAGCCAGAGUUAUCUCCCAUAUUAAAUUGGAUGCUACUUUCUUUUAGAUACUCAUGUUGUUUCAUGUAUUUUGAAUACAGAUAGUAUAUUCUUC